AUGUCGAUGUUGACGUCGGCCGUGAGGAACGCGUCGAGACGCAGGAUCGCGAUCGUGAGGAGCGACGCGUCCACCCGGGCGGAGAGUGAAAAUCUCCGGAUCAUUCUGAAUUACGUUCGGGACGAGCAACGAGUGUCGAAUCUGGCGACGGUCUCCCUCGUGUACUUGAACGCGCACUCCGACCUGGUGGACCUCGUGUCCGCGUACGUGACGAGCGAGUCGAUCGUCAGCUACAAGAUCACGACGAGCAACCUGUCGCGGAAAUGCGCGUGGCAGAAUCGCAUGGACCUCACGUGGAUCUUGAUCGUCGACGAUCUCGAGCUCCUGAAUUCCUUCGUGCGCGAGCAGAGCCACAUCUGGAAGGCCAGCAAUCAGUACCUGAUCAUCAUCACCGCGGCCGUCUCGACGGAGCUGCGAGAGAUCUUCCAGAGAGUUUGGAGGAGCUACAGCGUCCACCGGAUCGUCACUGUCUCGGUUCGGGAGGAGUUUCGAUGCUUGAGCAGGUACCUGCCGUUCGAGAAGAACCAACGGAGCGAGUACGGCGUGGUGCGCAAGGUUUGCCCGCUGGACCGGUGGGAUCGCGUGGAGCUUUACGACAGGCUCGAGAACCUGAACGGUUAUCCGAUACGCGUGAUCGUGUUUAACUCUCUGAUGAUGGACAUCGUGUUCGACGAGAACACGAAGAAUGCCACCGCGUACAGGAGGCUGGACGCGGACGUGAUGUUCCUGCUGGAGGAGACGAUGGGGGCGAGAUUCCUCAUCGAGGUGAUACCGGACUCCUCCAAGGGGGACCCCUUUCAUCUCUCCCUUCGGUACGUCGAGAACGGCGAGUCGGACUUGAUCGUCACCAGCUUCUUCGUCACAACGUACAAGGAGUUUCAUAGGUUCGAGUUCACCGUCAGCCUCUACGACGACCGGCUGUGCCUGAUCGCGCCCGCGGCCGGCUUCCUGCCGAAAUCGUACAUGCCGAUAUUGCCGUUCACGUUCGAUAUGUGGACAACCCUCGCGGUGUACAACCUCCUCGUAUCCGUCCUGUGGUUUCUCAUCAGUUACUACAGCCUCUCCUUUCGCCGGCGGGAGGCUGUCCUGCUGCCAUUAAUGGCUGAGAGGAGACCGGCAAUAAGGAGCCUCGUCGUGGCGUCGACGUCGCGGCAUUUACCGGACUCACCGCCGAGAGUAAAUCCCUACGUCUUGUCGUGCUUCGACCUCGUCGAGACGUGGUGCUACCCGUUGAAGGAGGACAGCGCCGGUGGCGGCACGACUGCUCAGCGAGCCCUUCUCUUCGGCACCCUCUUCUUCGGCCUCAUCGUCACCGGCCUCUAUCAGAGCUGCCUGGUGUCCAGCUUGAGCAACCCCUUUCAUUACCCCGAGCUGACCACUCUGGAGGACGUGGCUAACUCCAAUCUCACGAUAAUCACCAAGUACGAGAACCUGAAGGAGAACACGUUCACGGAGAACACCACCUUGGCCAACAGGCUGAAAGAGAAGCUGGAGGUGAUUUCCUACCCGAAGGCCACCAACGACUUGGUGGCCUUCGACAGGAACGUAACCGCCCUCGGCCGUUACGCGUCGGUCAAGCUGGACAAUCUGUCCAUGUAUUUCGACGAGGAGGGCAACGAGCUGCUUCACAUAGUCGAAGAAUGCUCGACCAUGAAUUUAUUGUCCUACGUCGUGCGACUUCACUCGCCGUAUCGGGAGAGAAUCAACAGCCUGCUCUUGCAAAUGCAGGAGGCGGGCCUCGUCGAGCUGUGGUACAGGAACAUGACGUAUCCGAUCUAUGCGGACGAGCAGCGGAGAAAAAUGGCGAAGAGCAGCAGGAGGAUCAAAUUAACCCUGGAGCAUUACUCCCUGACGUUCCUCGGGCUCUCGCUCGGCUUGCUUCUCUGCGCGAUCGUGUUCCUGGCCGAACUCUAUUUCGCCAAUCGACCGCCGUCGGAAAACGCCCGCAAAUUUCGCCCGUGA